CUGACGUCACUUCCGCAACAUGGCAGACCUCGUGGAAAAUAUUUUACGGGAAGAAGCCGAAAAGGAAUCUAAAUAUAAAACUAUUGUAGUUCAAAAAGACGUGGAUAUUGAGAUUGAUGACGGAAACCUCUUGGCAUAUGACCCAAAUCCUAUCGACGUUGAAUUAUUCAGAUCAAAUAGAAAUGAAUACUUGAGCAAUCUAGCAAGAGACAAUACACAGUUAUUAUUUAAUAAACUCUGGACAUUACCUGUAGAAAAAGUUGAAAAUAUAGUUUUAGCCAAGCUUCCAAAUCCAUCAACACAGUUUCCACGAGAAAAAAGGUUACCAAAACCUAAACCAGAGACAAAAUGGGAGAAAUAUGCAAAAGUCAAAGGUAUCCAGAAUAAGAAGAAAGAUAAAUUGGUUUGGGAUGAACAGCAUAAGGAAUUUAGACCUAGAUGGGGAUAUGGAAGAGCUAAUGAUGAUACUAAAGAUUGGUUAAUAGAAAUUAAAUCUAAUGCUGAUCCAGAUGAAGAUCCAUUUGCCAAGCGAACCAAUGCCAAGAAAGAGAGAACAGCAAAGAAUGAACUGCAAAGAUUAAGAAAUAUUGCCAGAUCUCGAUAUGGAAAAGUACCUGGAGUGGGGUUGACACCUGUAAGCAAACCAAAUAAAGAUCAGUUAAGUAAAGCUCUAGUCCUGGCAAAAAAAUCUACAGCUUCACUGGGAAAAUUUACUGAAAAAUUACCUAAAGAAAAAGCAACACGUGAGAAAGGCAAAAGAAGAAAGUUUGAACCAUGUGUUGGUGAUAUGAAGAAAGAAAAAGCUAAACAGUUACAUAUAUUACAUACAUUAAGUCAAGCACCACCAGUUAAUGUAGCUAAAGCUGCUCAACAAUUUAUGUCACAGGAGGAGGAUAAUGCAACAUUCUCUAAAGAAGGCGGAAGAAAAAAGAGAGGUGAUAAAGCGGGCAGAAGAAGUAAGGCAGGUGGUCGACCUCCAAAGAAAAAUAAAGGAUUUCAAAAUAGAGGGAAGGGGGGAAAAGGGGGUAAAGGAAAAUAAACUCAGAUUAAAAUUAAACUUUGAAUAAGGACAAGAAAAAUAUGAACAAUGGUGUCGAUGAUGAAAAACUAGUGGUGAUAAACCUUUUUCCAGAUAUUGGUAUUUAAUAUUGGUACAUCCACAGUGAAAAUCCAAAUUAUAAUCACGACCAGACAAAAUUAGACAUUUUGUACUUCAAGACAAAACUGUAUUAUUGACAGGUGAACACAAGACAACAUUUGUGUAUUCUGGGUUAUAAUAUACUUGUACUUCUGAUGUCAUGUCAUUAAACUCUCUUUAACACAAUGUAAAUCUGAAUACUUUUUGCCAAUGAUCUAUAAAUGGAAAACGUUAUUGACAAUAUUAUGAAUAGACCGUUAUGUAAAUAAAUUAUUUGUUAAUGAUA